GCGCGCGUUAUUUCCGACUCAGUUCCGCGUUCUCCGCCUUCCGAGUCGUCCUGAAGCCACAGAAUCCAGGGACGCGUCCGUGUGCAGUGCUGCGUUGCUGCUGCUGCUCCUGCUGCUGCUGCAGCAGCUGCUGCUGCUGCUGGUUUGUCGGUGGUGGUUAGUGGAGUCUUCCAGGAUGGCUCAGUCAAGCUUUGCUCUAAUGCUGAAUUUGGAUCAACUGGAGGCGAGGCUGCGAACUCUCAAGUUUUAUCAUGGGAAGCUGCCAAGACACAAUGCCGAGGCUCUGCUGCUUGCGAAUGGGACAACGGGGAGUUUCCUCCUGAGGAGGAGCAAGGAGCCAGGGAAGUAUGCGGUGUCAGUCAGGACCAGCAGUAACGUCAUCCACUUUGUAGCGGAACUCAAUGUCGACGGGGAGGUCACCUUCGGACAAAAGAAGUUCUCCAACAUGGAGAAGUUCAUGGUUCACCUGCAGGGGCAGCCCAUGGUCGGCAGCACCGAAGCGGGCACGGUGGUUUUCCUGUCAACGCCGUACCCAGGCGUCGUGAACGAGCCCAGCAUCUACACCCGCCUCAGCAUCCACCACGAGGGAGGGACGUUUCCCCCGAAGAUGCCCAUGACCUCUGACCGCGUGUCCUCGCUGGCAGGCAAGUCUGGCUACAUGGUGAAGCAGGGGGGCCGCGUGAAGAGCUGGAAGAAGCGCUGGUUCGUGUUGGAACGCAACGAACUCAAGUAUUACAAUAAUCAAGCGGAUGACAAGCCGAUCGACACCUUGAGCCUGUCACGGUGUUCUAAAGUGGAGCCGGACAUCAGCCAGAACAAGGGCAACUGCUUCAAGAUGGUGUUUCCAGAACGGACUUAUUACAUGCACACAACCACACCCGAAGAGCGAGAGCACUGGAUGGAGCUCCUACAGUUCAAGCUGAACCCGGAGAUCAAGCACAACUGCCUAUGAAGCCCUGCCCACGUGGCCCACAGCUUCACCCUCCCACCAGCUUCCAACUACAGCUUUGCCCCGUCCACAACCGCCCCCCCGUGGAACCACUUCCUGGCCAGGGUUGACACCAGUGAUAAGUGAUACCAGAACUGGUGAUGUAUGGUCAACAGACUCACACGACCGACACGGCGUGGGGAGGCAGUCAAGCUGCAGUGGAUUGACAAAUGACUGUAAACUAUUAAUACAAUUUAAACAAAACUUAUAAAACAAGAGUAUAACAUUGAGUAUAUAUGUUUGGUGCAAACAAUAGCCUCGGUAACCUAUACAAAAUCAUUAAAGAUUUCUAUUCCAGUAUUUAACAAUCGUAGUAUUGACUUAAAGCUUUCGUGACUGAAGGAAUUUCAUAUUCUUUGGGUCUUUCGGUAAAGUCACAUAGAUAGAACAAUAAAAAAAUAAAGUGAAUAAAAAAAUAAAAUGUCACGUCAUCAGGAGAAAAAAAAGGAACGAUUGCUUGUGUUGUGAUCGAAACGUCGUGAUAGUUUUAUUUUUUGUUAUUCACUUUUUUUUCAUUUUUAUUAUUUUGUUCCAUCUACGUGACUUUACCAAAAGAAUAAUCGUAACAUUAAUCAAGCACAUAACUGUAGUGUAAAAUGCUUUACUCAAGAAUGAAUACAUUUUACAUUGUGGAAAUAACGGUUUUUAAUUCAGAGCAGUUGCAAGGGUCAUGUGACACCAUUAAAUGUACAAAUAGAAAGCGUACUCUUAUACUCGUGCAGUUAUAUGCAUGUAUUGGGAGCUUAAAUAAAUAAUUAAUGCAUUUCAUCCACCUCGAUUGGUUUGGUGCUUUUGUAAUAACCCACACAGAUGAGGCAGUUGAUGGCAAUAAUUGGGGCUUAUUCUGCUACUGCAAAUGAGGAUUCGGGUGCUGCUGAUGUUAGUAUUGACAAUGCUGUAGGUUAACAAGCAAAAAAAUUAGUUUUGAAAGUUAAAAAAACCUCAACAGUAAGCACUCAUCCCCCAUGUGACUCAUCUCACCCAUGUGACUCCCAUCAAAGCCGCCACUUACGAGAAAAACAAUAAAGACAAGUUACUGA